GCUGGCCGCGGGGCGGAGGCGCGGCUCCCAGCUCGGGUUGCUGUUCGGUCUCCGGCCCCGCGGUUGGUGGCGCGGCCCCGCGGCAGCGAGGCCCCCGAGCGGCCAGGCCGGCCGGGCGGGCCAUGCAGGGCCCCGCCGGGAACGCGAGCCGCGCGCUGCCGGGAGGGCCGCCGUCCACCGCCGCGGCCGGCGCGGGCCGCUGCGAGAGCGGCGCGCUCAUGCACAGCUUCGGCAUCUUCCUGCAGGGGCUGCUCGGCGUCGUGGCCUUCAGCACGUUGAUGCUCAAACGCUUCAGAGAACCAAAGCACGAAAGACGCCCGUGGAGGAUAUGGUUUUUAGACACUUCCAAACAAGCCAUAGGAAUGCUGUUCAUCCACUUUGCAAAUGUGUACCUAGCAGACCUCACCGAAGAGGACCCUUGUUCACUGUACCUCAUCAACUUCCUCCUGGAUGCCACCUUGGGCAUGUUGCUCAUCUACGCAGGUGUGCGCGCCGUCAGCGUCCUGGUGGAGUGGCAGCAGUGGGAGUCCCUGCGCUUCGGCGAGUAUGGGCCGAGGGCGGCAGGAACAGCCGGGGGUCGAAGAGGGGGUGGGAGACGGCCAGGAGGCUGUUUGCUGCUUCACAGUCAGCGUCAGCCGCUCAGGGACGGAGGGCAGGACCGACAGCAGCACAGUCCUGGAAAAAUCAACAGGGACCCGCUGCGCUGCGGAGCCUGGGCUGGGCAGUGCGCACUCUACAUCGUCAUCAUGGUCUUUGAAAAGUCCGUCGUCUUCCUCGUCCUCCUCAUACUGCAGUGGAAAAAGGUGGCCCUCCUGAACCCCAUCGAGAACCCAGACCUGAAACUGGCCAUCGUCAUGCUGAUCGUCCCCUUCUUUGUCAAUGCUCUGAUGUUUUGGGUUGUGGACAAUUUCCUCAUGAGAAAGGGGAGGACGAAAGCCAAGCUGGAAGAAAGGGGAGCCAACCAGGACGCGAGGAGCGGGAGCAAGGUCCGCUACCGGAGGGCCGCGUCCCACGAGGAGUCAGAGUCUGAGAUCCUGAUCUCGGCUGACGACGAGAUGGAGGAGUCAGACGCGGAGGAUGACCUCCGCGGGCUGCCCCCGCCAAGGCCUGCCAAGAAGAAGAAGCACCUCUUUGGGCUGCCUGUGUGACGUUCCUUCGGGGUCAGGUUUGGGGGCCCAGCAGCCGGCCGCCCUGCCGCCCCCUCCCUCCCUCCUCCGUCUGCCCCUCCUCUUCUACCUCCGUCCUCUGCUCACUCCCCGGCUACUGUGACUCAAGGGGGGGCACGAGCCAGCACCGGCCAGGGCACCUGGAGGUCCCUACCCGCCCGUUGCACUACGAACACCGACCAAAUACGCAAGCGAGGCGUCUGUUUGCGGUCGUCCCAAAUGGUGUGGUGAGGGAGGGACCCAGAAGCCGCCCCGUGUCUGGCUGGAUGGCGCUAAGGAAGAAAACCCCACACAGACGGUGGGUGGGGCCUUUCCACAGGGCUCAGGGGCCAGGAAGAUGUAAUGUUUGGGGCUAAAAGUCACUCGUUGACCAAGUUGGAACUGCAAUGCUUUCUUACUCAAAAUGGCUUUUGUAACUUGAUUUCUGAAGCCGGUUUUAUGAGCUGUCGCAGUGUUAAUGUUUUUUGAGUAUGUGUUUAUUUCCUAUGGGACUAAUGGGCAAAACAUAGAUUUUUAAGUCUUC